CUCUUCCUGGUGGAUAAACAGUGACAGCUACAGGGCAGCCACCUAGACCCACCACACAGGCUCUGGCGCUGCCCUGGCAAACAACACCAAAAUGGCUUCAGACAGUACACACAUCGCGCAGUUGACUUCUGAACUGUACUUCCUAAUAGCCCGAUUUCUAGAAGCUGGACCGUGUCAAAAAGCAGCCGAGACCCUGAUAAGGGAGGUGGAGGAGAAGGAGCUGCUGCCCAAAAGACUGGACUGGACGGGGCAGGAACACCCCGGGACGUAUGAAAAUUUGGUGAAGCUCUACCGGCACAUCAGUCCAGACCACCUGCUGCAGGUCUGCACCAGAGUUUGUCCGCUGCUGGAGAGGGAGGUCCCUGCCAGCGUGCCUGGACUCACCAGCCUGCUGGGGGCCGGCAGGCAGAAUCUCCUUCGCACCAGCAAGAGUUGCAAGCAUGUUGUGUGGAAGGGCUCAGCACUGGCUGCACUUCACUGUGGACGACCACCGGAGCCGCCAAUUAUCUAUGGGAGCCCACCUAAUAUUGUGGAGACGAGCUACGGCCGUCGACUGAACGGUUCCUACCGUCUGCGGCAGCUGGUGCCCACCGCUGUGUACCAGCACAUGAAGAUGCACAAGAGGAUCCUGGGACACCUGUCGUCCGUGUACUGCGUCACCUUCGACAGGACGGGACGGCGCAUCUUCACGGGCUCAGACGACUGCCUUGUGAAGAUCUGGGGAACAGAUGACGGACGACUGCUGGCGACGCUGCGCGGCCAUGCUGCUGAGAUCUCAGACAUGGCCGUCAGCUACGAGAACACCAUGAUCGCUGCUGGGUCCUGUGACAAGACCAUCAGAGUGUGGUGCUUACAGACAUGCGCCCCCUUGGCCGUCCUAGAGGGACAUGCUGCCUCUAUCACCUCACUACAGUUUUCUCCUCUCUGUAGUGGUUCCAAGCGCUACCUGUCCUCCACUGGAGCAGACGGCACCAUCUGCUUCUGGCAGUGGGACGCACGCACGCUCAAGUUCGGUCAGAGGCCCAGUAAAUUCACAGAGCGUUCCAGACCUGGCGUCCAGAUGAUCUGCUCCUCCUUCAGCGCAGGUGGUAUGUUCCUGGCCACAGGAAGCACGGAUCACAUCAUCAGGGUGUACUACUUUGGCUCAGGCCAACCUGAGAAGAUCUCUGAGCUUGAGUCUCAUACAGACAAAGUCGACAGCAUCCAAUUUUCACAUUGCAGUGACAGGUUUGUGAGCGGCAGCAGGGAUGGUACAGCACGAAUCUGGCAGCUGCAGCCUCAGGGCUGGAGAAGCAUUCUGCUGGACAUGCAGACCAAAUUACCCGGGAAGUACAACCCUCCUCCACUGGAAGACAAGGUGACUAAACUGAAGGUAACCAUGGUAGCGUGGGAUCGCCAUGACGGCACGGUGAUCACAGCAGCCAACAAUCUGACGCUGAAGGUGUGGAACUCCACCACGGGAAACCUCGUCCAUGUCCUGAUGGGUCACGAGGAUGAGGUGUUCGUUCUGGAGCCACAUCCCUUUGAUCCAAGAAUCCUUUUCUCAGCGGGGCAUGAUGGGAAUUGCAUUGUGUGGGACCUGGCCAGAGGGGUCAAGAUCCGCUCCUAUUUCAACAUGAUCGAGGGCCAAGGGCAUGGGGCGUUGUUUGACUGCAAAUGUAGUCCAGAUGGGCAGCAUUUUGCAGCCACAGACUCACAUGGACACCUGCUCAUCUUUGGCUUUGGCUCCAGCAGCAAAUACGAUAAGAUAGCGGACCAGAUGUUCUUCCAUACCGACUAUCGGCCGCUGAUCCGGGACGCCAACAAUUACGUGCUGGAUGAGCAGACUCAGCAGGCGCCACACCUAAUGCCCCCUCCCUUCCUGGUGGACGUGGACGGAAACCCUCACCCUCCUAGAUACCAGCGGCUGGUGCCUGGCAGGGAGGGCUGCAGGGACGAGCAGCUGAUCCCACAGAUGGGCGUCACUUCCUCAGGCCUGAACCAAGUGGUGAGUGAGCAGGCGGUGGACGGUCCCAGUCCUCUGGACACCAUGAUUCAGAGGCUGCAGCAGGAACAAGACCAAAGACUGGGAGCAAAUGACGUUAGGGCCAGUAGAGGAUCAGUGGGUUCGCCCACAGAGGUCCACUCCCCACCCAACGUGGGGCUGCGUCGCAGUGGCCAGAUCGAGGGUGUCCGCCAGAUGCACAGCAACGCCCCACGCAGCCAGAUGGCCACAGAGGGAGACCUGGUUGCCUGGAGCCGCAGGGUGCUGGUCCCUGAGCUGGAGGACGCCUCUGUCAGGAGACAGGUGAACUGGCGUGAGGCUAAAGGGGAGGAGGAAAUCAAUAUUUAUCAGUCAGAAAGGAGGAGACGUACCAUCCACUCUCUCCCCAAGGAGAGUAGGGUUCAUCCCACAUCAGAGUGUGUAGUUGAUGAGGCGAGGAGGAGCCAAGGUAACCAUGGUUAUCAAACUCGUGCUGCCAUGGAGGAGACGAGUCGCCAGAGUGCUGAGGCUGCGGACGACGAUGACAGCACCUCAGAGGGAGAGGUGGAGGUUCGGCAAAUCAAUGGACACUCCUCAGAGGAGGAGAAGGAAGAGGAGGAGAAAGAGCCCUGGCCAGAUGACCACAGUAGUUCAAGUGACUACUCCAGCGAUUACUCUGACUGGACAGCAGAUGCAGGGAUCAACCUUGAGCCGCCCAAGAAGAGUGUUAAAGUGAAAAAGAAGAGCAGCAGUUCUGAGGAGGACGGAGAGAAGAAGAGGGACGGGAAGAAAGACAGAAAGAAAGACAAACCAGACAAAGACGGUGCAUUACCAAAGAAGAAGCAGCCAAAGGAGAAGAGAAAGAGGACAGAGUUUCAGGAGCAAGGGUUGACUCUGGAGGAGUGGCUUCCCUCCGCUUGGAUCACAGACACGGUCCCUCGGAGAUGUCCUUACAUACCCCAGAUGGGAGAUGAGGUAUACUACUUCAGACAGGGUCAUGAAGCCUAUGUGGAGAUGGCCAAACAGAAAAAGAUUUACAGCAUCAAUCCUAAGAAGCAGCCCUGGCACAAGAUGGAGCUGCGGGAGCAGGAGCUUAUGAAGAUAGUUGGCAUCAAGUACGAGGUCGGCUUGCCCACACUGUGCUGUCUGAAGCUUUCCUUCCUGGACCCCGACACCGGCAAACUGACUGGAGGGUCCUUCUCUAUGAAAUACCACGACAUGCCUGAUGUAAUCGACUUCCUGGUGUUGCGGCAGCAGUUUGACAAUGCCAGAAAGCGGCAGUGGAGUAUAGGUGACAGGUUUCGGUCAGUGAUUGAUGACGCCUGGUGGUUUGGGACUAUUGAGAGCCAGGAGCCCUACCAGCCCCAGUAUCCUGACAGCCUGUUCCAGUGCUACAACGUCUGCUGGGAUAAUGGAGACACGGAGAAGAUGAGUCCUUGGGAUAUGGAGCCCAUCCCUGAUGAUGCCACAUUCCCUGAGGAGUUGGGCAUGAGCGUCCCACUGGUAGAAGAUGAGCAGAAGGAGCUGCUGUACGUCCCCCUGGACGGGGAAUGGGGCUGCUGCACACGCGCAGACGAGUGCGAACGCAUCAUCAAAGCCAUCGACCAGCUCUGCACACUCGAUGUGGCAGCACCAUUUGCCUUUCCAGUGGACCUACAGGCUUACCCCACGUACUGCACAGUUGUGGCCUACGUCACUGACCUCAGCACUAUACGCCAAAGGCUGGUGAACCACUUCUACAGACGACUGUCGUCUCUGAUGUGGGAGGUUCGUUAUAUUGAACACAACGCCCAAACAUUCAAUGAGCCAGGAUCAUUCAUCGUCACUACCGCCAAGUUUGUCUCUGACCUCAUGCUGCAAUUUAUUAAGGACCAAAGUCUGACAGACCUCAUGCCCCUCUACAAAACUAUGAAGAAGGCAACCUUCUCUGACUCUGAAGAUGAGGAUGAGGAGGAGGAGGACGAAGAUACUAAUACUCCUGGAACGUCCACACGAAACCACAAGGGUCGUCGACCUAUGCAGCGCCAACUGCGAACCCGACCUCCUUCAUACGACCCUCAUGCAUGGAGGGGGCGCUGUAAGGAGCUGCUGGACCUGAUCUUUCAGUGUGAGGACUCAGAGCCCUUCAGAGAACCCGUGGACCUACAGGAGUACCCGGACUACCUGCAAAUAGUUGACUCUCCAAUGGACUUUGGAACCGUCCUCAGCACGCUAACAGAAGGAAAAUACCAGUCUCCCAUUGAGCUCUGUAAAGAUGUCCGGCUCAUUUUCAGCAAUUCCAAAGCUUACACGCCCAGUAAGAAGUCUCGGAUCUACAGUAUGAGUCUGAGGCUCUCUGCGCUGUUUGAGGAGCAUGUCAGCUCCAUCUUGGCCGACUACAAGGCCAUCCACGGCCUCACUGAUAAACUGAAUCGACAGGGCACAGACAGACAGACGCGACACACUACGGACAGACAGACACGGCACGCCAUGAAGAGGAGGAGGAGGAGGAGUGAGUCUCCCACAAGCAGCACUGCAUCCAGCCCAGAGAGGAAGAGGCGUGUAUCAUCCAGGGUGACCGCAAAAACUGAGCCAUCACCAGCUCUUUCACGACCUUCCUCCCAGAGACAGAGCAUCCCCCUGAAACAGCCCCCCCAGCUGGUCAACGGGAAGGCGGAUACCCCCGCUGCAGGGCGAACACGAAGUGCAGCACGGCAUUCUGCACACUCACCACCUGCCUCAUCCUCCUCACAUAAUGCCACGAGCAACACACAGAGCACAGCAGAGUCUACUCGUUCGCUGAGGGCUCAUAACUCUGUGUCGGCUUCAACGCCAACAACUUCCGAAAAGGUGACACCCUCUACAGCUGCAGAAAGUAGCAGUGGGGGAAGCACCCGGCGGAAACUCAGGACUCCUGUACGACACACCCCUGGCUCUCCGGUCAGCCCUUCAUCUCAGAGCACUGUCCACCUGAAUGGCCACAGUAGUCAUAUGACCCUGGGCGUGGGGAGACGGGGGCGGAAAUCCAAAACGGACCCACCAGUGAGUCCUCCAGAAGUCACGACUCCGGCGAGCCCUUCCAGACCCCGGGGUCGCCCUCCUGGCAAGAAGAGAGGCAGGAAGAGCAAGCAGGAACUGGAGGAGAUGAGAAGGAGCAGUAACCGCAGGAGCUCCACCCCUGACGAUGACCUCGACCAUUCCACAGGCGACGAAGGUGGGACAUCUUCUGCACAGGAAACAUCUGUGAUGUCGGACUCUGGCGUGGCAUUGACGCCUAGACGGCGCGGCCGGCCCCGAGUGGUAAGAACUGAUGAAUCCACCCCUCCUGCUGAGUCACCUGAGCCCUCGCCGCUGAGGAGGAGCAGCAGGAGAGGCAAUGAGGAGGUCACCCCUCCUCCACAGACUGCUCCUCAACGAUCCAAUCGCAAGGAGUCUCCAAAGGAGGAGGCAGGGGACGGGGCAGGAGGGUCCAUGCGCACACGUAACCAGGGACGACGGUCAGCCUGGUACAUGGAAGAGGACUCUGAGGAGGAGCAGAGGCAGCUGCUGUUUGAGGACUCAUCAAUCACCUUUGGCACCUCCUCUAAGGGGCGUGUCCGCAAGCUGACAGAAAAGGCCAAAGCCAACCUUAUAGGCUGGUAACAGAACAGAAACGCAGGAUGUGAGGAGGAGGAGGCUGACUGCCCUGGCAGAAAAGAAAUCUUGAGAGAUUAAGAUUUCUUAAUUUAUGCGUUGGAGGAGUAGGGGGUUGAGGACGUCGUGCUUGGUGUUGUAUGCAUUUGUGUGCGUGGAUGUGUGUGUGCGUCUGGGUAGCUGCCGGUUCAUCUGCUGCUAUUUGAAGCUGUGGCUAUGGAGAGUCACAACAGCGCAGUUACCUGUCCAAUCCUCCUUCCUCUCAGCCCAGUAAGCACAUCACUACGGCAACGGGUGGCUUUCAGACAACGCAUGUUCAUUCGUUCCAACUCCUCUUACAUUAUUGGUCCAUGUUGGAUCCGAUGGACGCUUUCUGACUCCUGCGUCGGUGGUCUUGUGACUUGCUCUUGUCCAUUGAACCACUCUUCACCCUUGUCUGACCUUAAACAUUGUUGGUGUCAGACUGGGCAAAACAGUAGUUGAACAGAGUUUUGGUACUUGAAAAAGUCACAAUGAGAGCUGGAUGCAUCUUAUCUUGCUCUUACUAUUUCUGAACUUUUCAAAUGCCUCUGCUGGGUUGGUCAAAGACACCCACUGAGCUGAAAUUGUUAGGUCUGUGAUGGACUACAGACCGCUGGCCUGACAACAUCUUUUGCCCCUCUCUUCAUUGUUCCCGUUCUUUUUUUAUACAACCCUCUCUUAGCUUUUUCUAAGAUUUGUACGUAAUGAUCGGCUCUCUGUUUUGGAAGUCUUACACAUUGGCUGACCUGAGCGUGUCUGUCUGCGCUAAAAUACCAAAUGGUGUACCUAAUGUAGGUACUGUAGAUCAGUGGGAUUUGUUUACUAUUGAUGUGCGUAGGAGUGUGUGGGUGUGUGUGUGUGUGUGUGUGUGGUCUUGUUUUGCAUGUGAAUUAGAAAGAGGAAGCAUCUUUUUUUUUUCUUUUUUUUUUGUUAGAAGCUGUCGGGUGAAAGGGGUCAUUUAUAUGUUUAGAUAGAUCAUGUUUCAAUGCGUCCUCAACAUUAGCAAUACCUUGUGCCUUUAUGUCUUUGGCGUGUGUGUGUGUGCGUGCAUGUGUGUAUAAGCGUGCUUGGCCUCUGCCCUGCAAAGUACAUGUGCCUGUAUGUGUACGAAAUCAUGUUGUGACUAUGAGAGUGUGUGUAACUGAAGGAGCGUGUGUGUUUUUACAACACAAUAGAGCGUGUCGUUCACUUUCAGCGUACAAACAGUGGCAUACAGUUUGAUCGUUGUGAAACCUCUCAAAGAAAUGUAUUUAUAGCAGUUGAAAAAAAGACUUUACUGUUGUUGUAAGCAUACCAUUAUUCAUGUCAAUAUAUUAUCCUAUAACCAACCUAUCGUCAGUUUAUACCUAAGGUACAGCGAGUGGAGCUUUGGGUGACUAGCUUUGAGAUGCACUUACCACAGACCGGUUAUCAAUGCAGUCGUAGGGAGUAACCCUGUGUAUUUUAAAAUUGUUAACAUAUAAAAAUGAACUUUUUAAAUGUUGAUAUGUUUCUAUGGUGACCAUACACAUGCGCACACGCACACACGCCCGCACACACCCACCUACACACACACAAUUCUGUCUCGCAUGUUCUAGCACUUUCUCAUGCCUGAAGUAAACAGGAUGGAGCCAGAUCAAACUGGUUCGGACAGAAUUUGGACGCUAAGCGGAGAGAGAGAGAGAGAGAAAGAGAGAGACUAGUCUACAUUCAUCUUUCUGAUUGUGUGCCUUUGCUACUCUGGCAUAAUAUCCUCAGUUUCUCCUUUUGGGGCCUUUUAUUUUGUUUUUUUGGACUUCCUGGUUCCGCUUAUCGCUGGGUUCAGAGAACUGGACUCCGGGGACUGGACUGGACCUGACAGGCUUAUAUGGAAGGCUUUGGAAAGAGAGAGAAGACAGAAAAAUUACAAAUCUGACAGGAGACAAACAUUAUGUCACUCGCUCUCUCUGUACACACACCUAGAGGACUGAAUUUAUAAAAGAUGGCGGUCUCCACUUUUGUCAUAUUUCUGUUUUUUUUUUUUUACCCCAGCACAGAGCAAGUGAAUGCCAAAAUCUGACACUUGUGGGGUUGACUGGGGAGAACUGAAUGGUAGCAUCUAUAUACACCUGAUUCAUUUCAUAGGUCUUCCUUGUCACAUAUUAAUCGACAUAUAUCUCAUCUGCUUAUCAUUGUUUUUGUUUUCCUUGUUUUUCUGUUAAGGAUAACUCAAUGCCAAAUUCUGUCUUUGGGCACUGAAGUUUUAGGACAUGGCUUUUGAAUGUGUUUAUUUUAGCUUAGUUUUACAGUCUCCACAGUGAGUGUGUUGAACUCUGUCACCUAUAAUGUGUCAAAUGUUUUCUGUCUGUGUCCCUGCCAUAUAGGACAGUGUUUCAGUGGCCAGAUCUGUGGAGUCAUACUGUUGGAAAGGUGUCAUACUCUGCUGCAGUUUUCUGAGGACACAAUUUACAAUUCUUUCUGUCACUUUCACAAAUGUUUAGUUUAUAUUGUGUAUAUGAAGAGUUUUAUCCCAAACUGAGUUCCAUAAGUGACUGUUGACAUCAAAGUAAAUCUUAUUAUUGGGGUUCUUUUGUUCAAAAUAGGAAGUUAUUGAUUUUUGCCCAUAAAUGUAUUCAUUUUGUGGGCAGCAAUUUUGUUGGUUGUAAGUGUUCGUUUAUGACUUUCAUUCAUAAAAUUGAUCUAUAAACUCUU